CCAGGAAGAAGAGCGAGAGCACAGAGAGCAGCGCGCUGCGGAGGAAACAUCUCGGCUCCUCUACCUCCUCGUUGUCUCUAAGGACGUCCUUCACGACCCAAACACAGACCCGGACCCGGACCCAGACCCGGACCCAGACCCAGACCCAGACCCAGACCGGGUCCGGUUAUUUUUGAAGACCGAAGUGACAGCUCUCUCUGAGGACACGUCUGUGAGGACAAUGAAGGUGUCCACGCUGCAGCUGCUCAGCUGUCCUGUCCUCCUGCUGCUCCUGCUGCUCCUGCAGCUGCAGCUGUUCCAGGUGUCCUGUGUGCCUGCAGCACAGACUCACUCUCAGGAGCCCAGGCUGCUGUUUGUGGAGCAGCUCAGUCGCUCACAGCUCAGCUUUAACUGGAGGAAUGUCACCUGUCCGCUGUGUAAAGCCAUCUUCACCAUCCUGGACGUGGCACUGCUGAGCGAUGCAAAUGAGGAGCACGUGGCCCGUGCAGUGGGCGAGGCGUGCACCCGCCUCCAUCUGGCCGAGGAGAAGGUCUGUCGGCAAAUCACGGAGCUGUUCAGAGACGACUUCAUCCGCGCGCUGCAGCGGUCGCUGCUGUGGCCGACGGAAGCGUGCGCGCUGCUCGUCGGCCCCUCCUGCGGCAAGUUUGACAUCUACGCUCCGUGGAACAUCACCUUGCCGAAGGUCCCUAAACCUCCUGUGACGCCACCGUCUCCUCCAAAACCUGGAUCUCCACAGAGCAGAGUCCUGUUUCUAACGGACGUCCACUUGGACAAGGAGUAUGAGCCGGGCAGCGCCGCAGACUGUAAGGAUCCUCUGUGCUGCCGUAAAGACUCCAGCGCUCUGUACUGGAGGAGGCGAGAGGCUGGUUACUGGGGGACGUACAGUAAGUGUGACCUUCCUCAGCGGACCCUGGAGAACCUCCUGGAGAACGCUGCCAGAGCCGGACCCUGGGACUGGGUGUACUGGACCGGAGACAUCCCAGCACACAACGUCUGGGCUCAGACCAGGACGCAGCAGCUGUCUGAGCUGAGGAUCGUCUCCAGACUCAUCCACAAACACCUGGGGCCGAACGUGACCGUCUAUCCCGCUGUGGGGAACCACGAGAGCACGCCGGUGAACAGCUUCCCGCCGCCCUUUGUUCACGGCAACAGAUCGUCCAGCUGGCUCUACGAGGCCAUGGCGCAGGAGUGGUCGGCAUGGAUACCGGAGCCGGCCCUGAAGUCUCUGAGAUACGGAGGAUUCUACACGCUGGAGGUCCAGCCCGGUCUGCGCGUGAUCUCUCUCAACAUGAACUUCUGUGCUCGAGAAAACUUCUGGCUGAUGGUGAACUCCACUGACCCGGCCAACCAGCUGCAGUGGCUGGUCCACAUCCUCCAGACCAGCGAGGACAAGGGCGAGAAGGUCCAUAUCAUAGGUCACAUCCCACCUGGUCUGUGUCUGGGCAGCUGGAGCUGGAACUACUAUCACAUCAUCAACAGAUAUGAAAGUACAAUAACGGGACAGUUUUUUGGCCACACACAUCUGGACGAGUUCCAAAUGUUUUACGACGAGGCGACCAUGACACGCCCACUGGGAGUGGCUUUCAUUGCCCCGAGUGUCACGACUUAUAUUAAUCUGAACCCAGGAUAUCGCGUCUACUACGUGGACGGAAACUACCGGGGCAGCUCUCGACUCGUUCUUGACCACGAAACCUACAUCCUCAACCUGACGGAGGCAAACUCCGGUCCCGGAGGCUCACCUGCCGGCCCCGAGCCGCACCCUACAUGGACACUGCUGUACCGCGCCACUGAAGCCUACGGUAUUUCCACUCUGUUUCCCUCCGAUUACAACAGGCUGGUGCGGACCUUUAUUAACGACGACCGGGUCUUCAGAAAGUUCUGGUACUACAGGCACAAAGGACACGUGUCUGAACCCUGCAUGGAGACCUGCAAAACCACAAUGAUUUGCUUUCUGCUGAGCGGGCGCUAUGACGAGCUGGAGCAGUGUGAUCUCCUCAAUGGUUUUGAAGGACACAUGGCCAGAGCUGCCCGGAACACUCUGUGUUAACGUGAAGCGUGUUUGGACUGAGGAGAAGCAGCUCCACCAAAUAUGUAUAAAUGUCUUGUUUCUAAUUAGGGAAACAAUUACUUUUACAGUUUAUGUCGAUUUCAUAAACGAUGAAAGUGCGUCUCGGUCAACAGAUCGCGUUCAUCGGGCUCAGCGCUGACGCGUUUACAUGAGACGACGGAGAUGAAGUGGUUCGUUCAGUCCGACCGCGCUGGUGUCUUUAAUCUGAACCUUUUACAAUAAUCAGAAUGCAUCAGAGUUAUUGUCAGUGUUAUUGUCAAGAUUUUAGGAAAGUUUCAUGUGUGACCUUGGGUUUUGUGAAAGGCACUUUAUAAAUCCAAGUCAUUAUAAUUAUUAUUAUUAUUAUUUAAAUUGGGACGUUUUAGAGUUUUUUUGAUUGAAUCAGGACUUGAGGUUUUGCUUCUUUGUUGUUCAUCAUCAGCCUCAGCAAGGAAAGAUUUAACCAAAAAUAGGACGCGUGUUUCCAGUUUUACUUCUGCACUUUUCUCUUCGUUGGAGGUUUAAUAGAGAUGGAGUUAGACACAGAAUGUGAAGAUUCUCAGGUCGAGAUCGACGUGGCCUUUGGUGUGUACAAUAAUUUAAAGAUUGUAUAUAUGAUGAAAUGAUUAAAAUGAAGAAUCAUCACAAUA